AUGGAGGAGCGCCAAGUUCGCGAUCCCCCGACAGAUACCCAUGCGUCGUCCUCCGCUCAACCCGCCGGAUUCCGUUCCAGUGUGAAACCCUUCGGUAGCGCAACAGAGUCGACAUUUGCGACAUCUAAUCUACGACGUGCGAACACAGUAGCACAAGGGGGAGGGAACAUCUCGAAGAACAAUUUGGAAUCAUCGGCGGUGGACAAGGAGAAACCCGCAGAGGUCUCGCAGCUGCGUACCAGGGACAGCCAUGAGCUUCUUCAGAAACCUUUGUCGCUCAAGCGGUCACUCACGCAGCGUGGUCCGCGGGAUGCGCUGGUGAAUGGCAGGGGAGGAUCGCAUUUCACCGUGGGUAGCGUCGGUCAGAACGGGAAAAUAUUUCUUAGGCCGAUUCGAAACCUGUCCAUAAAAGAACCUCGUGCGCAACAACAACAACCCCUCUCGUCCUCGACAGACCCGUCGCAAAGCGAGCGUCUACAUCCGAAUACUGCACAUAGCCAUGGCCAAGGUGCCAAUGAUCCUCGUUGGUCGAAUUCGCAGUUGUCCGAAUUGCAGCCGGACGUGACUCGAGAAGAGAACGUCGUUGAUGAUGGCGAGUCGGUCACCACGGAAUCAGCACGAUCUGAAUACCGUCAGCAGAACCGCCAACGGCCACAUUCCUUUUCUACAAUCUCGGAACAUCAGUCUACCUCGAGCAUUAGACCUCGUGGGGAAUAUCAGCGCAUCGUCAUUGACAGAUCGGAUGAUCGGCGGAGAAGCGACAUAGCAGAGGAGCCUUCUGCCUUCCCGACAUUGGAGGUUUCUAUCCCACAUUACCGAUUGGGGAUUCCACAGUUCAAUAAAACUGAAAGCCCAGCCCUGCAGAGCUCGCGUGGGUCGACCCAAGGCUACUUUCGCACAUCACCCCUUCUUGGCGAGAAUCUAAAUAGUCAUCCGUUGUCCAAUGUCUUGAGUGACUCCGUGAUACCAGAGAGGCCGUCCUUCGUUUCCUCCAUCCUGUCCGAUACUGGUGUAGAGCUGGGUCCAGAUCCUACGGCGACGGAAGUCCCUAUUUUCUACGAGAUGAAGGAGCCAAUCGAGCCUUCUGUCUUCGAAACCCUAGUUUCAGACAUGGACGACGAAUCAGUGGUUCGGUAUAUUCCUGGCACUAAGGAACUCAGCGCUGCAACCCCCGCGCGCAUCGUUGCGCAAAUCUCAUCAGAGUCUUUUAUGGACUAUGAGCUCGUCUCUGACUUUUUCCUCACCUAUCGUUCUUACCUUUCUCCUAGUCACCUCCUCCGCCUCCUACUUGCUCGACUACAGUGGGCAAUUAACCGCUGGCAAGAUGACGGACGGAUCAUCCGUAUCCGCACGUUUGCGGCGCUUCGCCAUUGGAUUUUGAACUAUUUCACCGAUGAUUUCGCCGAGGACUACGAGCUCCGGGUUUACUUUUGCGAUAUCAUAAACUUGCUGUAUAAUGAUGUUAAGUCUCGGGAAAAUGGUGGGACAAGUGACUUGAAGAUCCUCAUCGACCUCAAGCGUUGCUGGCAUGGCAAGUGCGCCAUGAUUUGGGAUGCGCCGGAACUGUCAUCAGCAUAUUAUCACCAGGAUAGCCCUGUCGUUCCAGGUGGUCUCAUUGAGACCAUAGACGGCGACCAGGGGGAACGCGCUCAGCACUUCGUGCAACCUGGGUUGCCAUUGAGCAUAGGUGACGACAGUGUCAACGUAGAUGCUGGUCAAGAACCCACUUUGGCCCAGCAUUAUCGAACCCAUUCCGGAGCCACGAACCAAAGCAUCCCGGUGACCGUCCAGAGCGAUGACCAUUGCCUUGCGGCAUCCUGCUCAUUCCCACCCAAAUCCCACAGACGUCCCUCGAACCCUCCUCCCAAGACGGCACCGCAUCCUGUGCCCCUGUCGCCAGCAAAGUACGCCCAUGUUCCUCCGCCACCCAAGUCGUCAACUGCGGCCUCUACAAAACGCCGCCCAUUUUAUACCCAUGCCCACAAGCGCAGUGGGAGCUUCUCUGAUUCGGUUCGAGAUGAUCGCGCUCCGUUACCAUUGCUCAAACUUGACCAGUGGGGCAUCAGUUCUCAAGAAAUUCUCGACCCUGCAAGCUUGAUUCGGGGAACCUUGUAUCCUCCCGCUGAAUCCUACAUGACCAUGAUGGCACCCCUCUCACCGCCACUUCCGUUGGGCUCUGUCCCUGGUUUGGAGCGUCAAAGCACGGCCGAUGGGACAUCCAAGCCAACAACUUCAGGCUCGGGCGUCAAGACCAUCAUUGGAUCAAUUCGCAGAGCAAUAAACGGGGCGAAACAUGGUAACCAGAAUAUCUCACGACAUACCCGGGGAUAUUCAGGGUCACCGUUUCGGGGGAAGACCUCUACCCUCCCGAAUAAUGUGGCUUUCGGAUCAGACUACUAUCGGGAUCGCAAGACGACCGCGCGGUCCAAGAAACCAACACGAAUAGACACCCUCUGCGAUGAAGUCUUGAGGCAGUACCGUCAAGUUAUUGCGGAUCGGGAAGAAACGAAACAAGAUCCGCCGCAACAAGAGGCCUCCAUGCCUCGUCUGCAGGUGCCCCCGUCGAGGAUUGGUUCGCAGGUCAGGUCACAAAGUGGGUUGACGAUGGGGAGUGAAUCGAUUGUCAUUGUGGAUGAUACGGGCUUGGACAUACCGAUGGUCUCGGGAGCGAAUGGAGAACCAAUUGUCGAUUUUGAGCGUUCCCCAGGUUUUCUGAAUGCGGGAAAUGGUACAGCAACUCCGAAGACGGACUCUUUGCGCGUCCCAUCUACUCGCGGGGAUGAUAAAUACUCUCUGCGAAUCUUCUACGACGACAGCGCUCCCGCGGGAUCAUCACACCAGCCCUCCAAGACAUUCUACAAUAAUUCCGAUUCAUCUGCCUCGCGAAGGUCGAUUUCCAUUGGACACGCAUUGCCAUUCCGCAAGAGGACAUCGCCCUCGCUCCGCCUCCGGAAGUACGCGUCCUUCCAAAGUAUCAUCUCGAGGCGUCGUCCGGCCACGAGUGCCAACGGGGAGCCAGUGCCACUCGUCGCCGACUUGAACGUUCUCCAGGAUGAACCGGAGACACCUACGGGACCAAUUCUACGUAGACGCCCUGGUGGUGAUUUGCGCAAGAUGCAGAAUGGCAAAAACCGAUUGUCUUACCUAAGGUCAAGAUCAACUAUUUCCGUUGCUGAGAGCGAACUCACUGCUUCUACUAGAGACGUGCAAUCGAGACGGCAGACUAGUCUUAUUCCGCCUAAUCCGCGGUACUCUCUUAUCCAGACGAACUCGAGCCAGGACGUAAGGCGUUCGUUUGAGGCUGCUAUUGCCAAAUUUGCGCAGAUUCCUGAUGAUGAUGAUGGAGGUGUGGAGUCAACGUUGCUUAAGUUGGAGGGCAAGUGGGAUGGCCCCGAGACUCCGAGAGCUGACGGGGAGGGAUCCUCGUCUGCGCCUCAUCACCGCAAUAUGCCUGUCGUGCUACGGCAGAACUGCAAUGAUGAUGGAUUCCAGAGACGGCCUACUUUUCUCGGUGAUCCAUUGACGUAUUCGCAGGUUCGGGAAAGGAUGCGGCCUGUGCGCCCUUAUUCGGACUCUGUUGCAGAAUCGGAAGAGUCGUUCUCCUCUAUACCCUUGCUCGAGCGUGGACUGAGCGAUGAAUCGAUGAAGAAGCCUCCCGCGCUGAGUCGCGUCGCUACCAACCCCGCGGCGACACCACGUGCCAGCCGUACUGAUACCUCUGACUGGGACUCAUCGCGGCCGUCGACGCAUGUCAUUAACAAGACGGAAAGUAUCAGCCGUAUUCCUCGAGGCUCGACAGUGCCUGUGCCUAGACCUCUUGCGCCGCGGGAUCGGACUCGUCUUUCUGAAUUGUCCCUUGAUGUCAUUGAUCGCCGUGAGAUAUUGGAUGGACGUCCCUCAACAGAUUCCGCUAGACUGAGUAGGUCGUCGUAUAGGAUACCACCUCAUCCUCUUGCUCAACCUCCGUCUCCUCCGAUGACUAUUCAGAACCCGCGCUCUAUCACCUCUUGCGCUACGCCGUUGAACCCUGUCAUUGUCCAGGCUCAGCCGCUUACACCCGAUCCAUCUCCAAGCCGCAGGAAUGCACAACCGGACCCUUCUCGUUUCAUCGACAUGCAGCAGGACGUGCUUUCGAGAUCCGAGAAUGGCCAGCAGCAACCAAGCCCUGUUGCUGCGCCUGACGUGGACCACGUGCCUUUCAUCCUCGCUUGUGAGUCGCAGCUCCUCGCCCAGCAGUUAACACUGGUGGAGAUGGCAGCCCUGAGCGAGAUCGACUGGCGCGACCUGGUCGAAAUGCGCUGGAGCAGCGGCUCCCCGACAACCCUGAGCUGGGUUCAAUUCCUCACUUCUGAAGACCACCGUGGCAUCGACCUGGUGGUAGGCCGUUUCAAUCUGAUGGUUAAAUGGGUACUUUCGGAAAUUGUCCUAACACAGGAUAUCCAUGAGCGCGUUCAAACGAUCAGCAAGUUCAUUCAUGUUGCGGUGCACGCGAAGCGGAUGUGCAAUUACGCCACUAUGCUUCAGAUCGCUAUCGCGCUCUCGUCAAUUAACUGUGCCCGAUUGGAAAAGACCUGGUCACUUGUCUCGCCUGAGGACAAGCGAUUAUUGAAAGAUAUGGAGGCGCUCAUCCAGCCUGUUCGCAACUUCCACGAUCUUCGUGUUGAGAUGGAGACUGCGAAUCUGCAGGAGGGCUGCAUUCCUUUCGUUGGUCUCUAUAUCCACGACCUUAAUUACAACUCGCAGAAGCCGGCGCAGGUUACUACGCAGGCUGGGGAGCCAUUGAUUAACUUUGAGAGACAUCGCACAACCGCGAGGAUUGUGAAGAAUCUGCUGCGGUUGAUUGAUGCGAGUACGAAAUAUGCAUUUGAGCCUGUACAAGGGGUUAUUGAACGGUGUCUUUGGAUUGCAUCGUUGGAUGAGGAGGGAAUCCAGACGCGGAGUCGGGAUCUUGAUUGA